GUAAAAAUGAAACUCCCAGCUACCAUUGCCGCCGCAGCGAUAAUUGCCACUGCACAGGCCACCCACAAACUUACGAUGAACGUUGAUAAUAGUGCCGCAAAAGGGACUAAUGCGUUCAAGGAUCAGGGAGCCAGUGUCGAGUGGGCUGUCAAAAUGCAGAUAUUUAACGCCGACAGCGAUUUAUACGAAGCUUGCAGAGACAGUGACUACAUCAAUAUGAACUGGCACAUUCAAGUAGGCAAGCCCUUUGGAAGACAGAGGGUAGGUGCGGAGUGUGGUGCCAUGGCCGGCAGCCCACCUGUGGGAGGACAUUAUGAUCCUACCUUUGCCUGCGGACCGGCUACUGAUGAAGUAGAGGCCUGCGCUGCAAUAGAUCGCUGCGUGGGCAGCGAUGACUUCAUCUACACAUGUAGUCCUGACGAGUAUGAGAAAAACCCAUAUGCGUGCGAGGUUGGGGACUAUUCUGGUAAGUAUGGUGCACUCAAGUUUAAGAUUGAUAAGCACAACAAGAACAUUGCUAGAGUAGUCGCCAGUGAUGUUGAUGAGUACGGACCGCAGCUGGAGUUGAUUGAGAACAGGGCCAUUACAUUACAUUGUGGAUCACCCAGAAUUUUCGGCGGAACCCUUUCCACCGGCACGCGUAAAUACACGACCACUGGCCACACGGGGAACAAUAACAAGAAGCAAAAUAAGCAUCGAAACAGCAACGGCGGCAAGAACCACAGAUAUCGCAACGAAUAUAUCAUUGAAUACUUUAUAGAUAAAACUUCAAUAAAAUAA